GAAAUUUUAAGUCAGAGCAACAUAUCAUCUGCUCGUGCUUCUUUUUGCAAUUAUAAAUAUUUACAUUGUAUAUUUCUUAUUAAAAGAAUAUAUAGCAUACAAUUAUUUUUAAACAUAAUCAAAACAUAAAUAAUAUAUAUUUAAUUAUUUAUAUGUGAUUUUGCAAUUGAUUUCAAAGUGGGAUGACGAAAUUAAUGGAAUGGCUUUUAUUUAUAACUUUAUUUGUUGGUAUUUGGACUGCUGUGAUUACAGGAAAUAUUAAUUCAUCUUUUAUCACAGAAUGGCAACAAGUUAUUCUUUUCUGUCCACUCAUUGUACUAUUUUUAUGUGGUGUUUAUGCAGCUGUUAUCAUCUUAUAUAGAGUGUUCACAUUUAAUAAUUGUGAAAAAGCAGCUGCUGAAUUACAGGAACAAAUAGAAGAAGCUAAAAAAGAUCUCCAAAGCAAAGGUGUUAUUUUGAAAAAUAAAUAAAUUUGAGUGCUUUUAUAUUAUUUAAACCAAACAAUGCAGUAAUAGAUGAACAUUCCUAUUUAUAUAGGUUACAUUUGUACAUAUCUCAAUAAAUGUUCUAAGAUGAUAAAACAUUACAAUUAAAAAAUUAUAUUAUAGAAAAAUGUAUUUAGAAAUAUAGUUCACGCAUAUAGAAAAUACUUUUAUAUUUUUAUUACAUAAAAAUAAUGGAUGUCACAGGUAGCCACUUUUACUUAUUCACAUAAAUUUUAAUGCAUUUAUUUAUUACACUUAAAGUAAAAUUUAAUAACAAAUGAUAUGAACAUUAUUAUCUGUAUUGUUUUAGUAUUUUUUGGUACUUCACACACAAUAAAAAUUAAAUCAGAUAUUGCUAUACUAUAGAAUUUACAUGUUCUAAUGAUUGAUGAAAUUUGAGAUAGCUUUUAAUUAACAUUACAUUAAAGCUACAAAUCUACAAUGUAUUAGAACAUGUAUAGUUCAAAUACAUAGAUACAUAAGUAUAUUUCGAAUACAUAUGUAAAUAUUAAAAUAAAAAUAAUAUCUUAAAUCCUCAAGAAAUAUCUCUUUUUAUAUGCUUAUACAUAUUAAAACAGGGAAAGACUAAUGUUCUUUUGUGCCUAGACUUAUAUAAUUUUUAUUUAUUAAAUAUGUAAUUUUAUAGUAUCAUGUUUUACAUUGUGUGUUAUAUUUCUAAUAAAAUUUUAAUGUCAGUACUAAUAUUUUAAAAAUUUCAACUGCUCCUAGUAAGUUACAUAUUACUAUAUUAAGGCUACAAUAUGUUGAAUGCAUUUUUAUAAUAAUAAUCUCAUUGCCUUCAUUUUUAUAGAAAGUUAAUUACAAAUUUUCGUUUGAGAUUUAUAUUUCACAUAAGUCACCUUGAGUUUGAAUACAUAAGUUAUUCAUUUAAGAUAUUUAUGCAUGGUUAUUAUUACAUAAACAUAAGUUACACUGACUUUCCUUCGGGGA